GCUGAAGAUCACGCAUGCGCAGUAGACAAGCGUACAUCUCCUAUGUUCUACGACGAUUAACUUUUGAAUUAGAUUUUGUUCUUUUUUCUCUACAGCUUUAAUGGGCUUACAUUAUCAUUGCACCUAGGAAGGCUUUUCUUACCCAGCACUGGAGCAAAACAAUGAGUUGUUGUUAGUUGUUGAAAUCAAAAGUGAAAGUUCGAUGGUGACUGUGUAAUCGGGAUUUACUUCACUUUAUGAGAAAAUCCAAUGAGAAAAUCCAACGAGACGCCGUGAUGAAUAUUGGAGUUAUUUUAUUGGGAAGCUUCCUGACGUGCAUUUGUGCUGAUGGUGUUGCAGAUGUAGUGCUCUCUUGCACCCUGGUGGAGGAGGGUAUGGGUGGAAUGGGUGGGGAUGCUCUUUUCUCGCGGAUUCCAGCCACUCUUGUGUUAAGAGAUGUUCCUGUGGCUCCUGAUGAAUCAUUGGAAACACUCACCCCGUUUGUCCCGCCUUCGGUUCCUGAUCUAGACGCCAUCCUGUUAGAAGCCAAAGUGUCAUCACCUGAGAUCCCAAACGCGGACCUGUUGCUCCAUGCGGACUGCAAUGAGCAAGAGGUGAUGUGUGAAAUGAGUCGCUUCUCUCCUCGUGGAUCCCAGGAGAGUUCAGGUGCAGCUUAUUUCAUGGUGUCUCUGAAUGUGGAGGGAGUUGACUUCGGCACUGGGCUGAUCCUGCAGACUCUGCCGGUGACGAUGGACCAGUCAACCCUCAUACAAAACAAACUGGGUCUGCCUCUUAGCCAAUCAGGAACUCUUCUGACUGAGGUGAUAUUCCUGGUGUUUUCUCACAUAAAGUCUGUAUCUGCCCGUCUGAGAGGUGACGUUCUCCUCAACUGUGGCUUCAAGCAGCAGGAGAUGCCCUUAGCACAGGAGGUUGGGGUUGAAUGGAGACUGCAGCACAGGGGAAAGGGGCAGAAAGUGUUUGAAAUGACGACAAGGCCGGAGGAUGCAGAAGGGAGCAAAGUGGUGCAUGCAGAGAGGAAAGGCUCGAGCGUGGACGCCACGCUGGUUGUUACUGAGGGAAAUGCUUCUGUGACUCUGACCAAGCUGAAGGUUGUUGAUGAGGGGACGUACAUCUGCACCGUCAGCGUCGGCCUUUUUCAUGCCCAGCAGAUCAUCCAGCUCCGUGUUAUCCAGCCCCCUAUUGUGUCACUCUCAGAGGAGAAGUUGGUUUUGAAGACAUCAUCAAAACUGAUCUGCCACUGUGCUAAGUACUACCCACUGGAUGUUCAGAUGGAGUGGUUGUCCCUCUCUCCUGCUGACUCAGAGCCUUCAAUGUUGCCUGAUCAGGGCUCUCUGUUCAGCCAUCGGCAGCACGGUGAUGGGACUUAUUCCCUCGCUUCUCAACUCACUGUGCCGACUGAUGUCUCGCCUGGAACUCAAAUCAUCUGCAGGGUCUCACACCUGGCCCUGGACGCUCCUCUUUCUGUCAGCGUGGAGGUUGAAAGUCCACAAACAGAGUCCUAUUUGUGGUUUCUGGGCUUCCUGAUCGUCACAGUGCUUUUCUUCAUCCAAGUCAUGAGAUAAGUAAGGCGGAGAGAUUCUAGCAGAUCAUCCAGACUUGAAACUGAGCCUGUAAGGACUUCCUUUGUGUCAUUUGUUAGUGUGAAGGGUAUAACUUAUUUAAUUUCUUUUAGAAACAGUCGUUGGUUCCUCUCAACUCUUCUACUGAAAGAAAAAAAAUCAAUAGUUGGGUAAAAACUGCUGUAUGUUCUUUUUUUCUCAUUUGUAUUUUUUGUUUGUUUUUCGCUCUAAGGUUUCGACUUUACAAAGUACAAAGCCCCAUGCUGUGUUUGAAUUUCUUUAUGGGAUGUUCUUGUUUUUUGUAUGAUUUUGUGGAAGGCAGGGUUAAGUCACUAUGAAAGGCACAAAAAGCCCAUAAAUAAAUCUUAAAAAAA